GUGUCAACUCGAACACGAACCGGAAGUGCAAUGCGUUGUAAUCGAAUGUGUUGUAGGAUGGCGACAUAAGUUCCUCCAUAGAAUCUAUUUUUGUUUAUUUUAGCUCUAUGCGCCCAGUGCUGACAUGGCACACAGAUAUCUCCACCUAUACAGAGGCUGCAGGAAUCUGUACAGAGUUGUUCUGCCUGAUUUAAGGUCACUAAAGGCGGCUCGACUGGUAUCUACACAGACUGAGGCCCUGCAGAACCGAGAGCUGCUUUCUCAGGUUUUGGACACUUACAGAAGGUUAUGCUCAAAGCCUCCGAAAGGAUUUGAAAAAUAUUUCCCGAAAAACGGCGAGUCCAAACCUCCCAACGCAGAGGCCCAAGAGGCCAAGCCGAACAAUGCGCAGAAGAACUCUGGGAAGUCAGACGGUGGAGGAGGAGCUGGUGGGGGAGGAGGUAAAAAGGGAGGAAAGAAGGAUGAAAACAACUGGUUCAAUCGUGCCCAAAAGGGGGAUAUUCCAUGGGAUGACAAGGACUUCCGGAUGUACGUACUUAUUUCUGCAGCUUUUUGGGCAGCAGUGGCUUAUUACUAUUUCUGGGAUACAGGAAAAGAAGUCACCUGGAAGGACUUUGUUAAUAGCUAUCUGGCUAAAGGAGUCGUCGACAGGUUAGAGGUUGUGAACAAGCGCUUUGUGAAAGUUAUACUCACUCCAGGACAAGCGGAAACUACUGGGAAAUAUGUGUGGUUAAACAUCGGCAGCGUGGACACGUUUGAGCGGAACCUGGAGACGGCUCAGAUGGAGCUGGGUAUCGAAGGGGAGAAAAGGCUGCCUGUGAUUUACUCCACUGAGAGCGAUGGCUCCUUCCUGCUCAGCCUGCUUCCCACCGUGCUCAUCAUCGGAUUCCUGCUCUUCAUGCUACGGCGAGGGCCUGCGGGCACUGGGCGGCCUGGCAGGGGCAUGGGUGGCCUGUUCAGUGUCAGCGAGACCACCGCAAAAGUGCUGCGUGACGAGAUCGACAUCAAAUUCAAGGACGUGGCUGGGUGCGAGGAGGCCAAGCUGGAGAUCAUGGAGUUUGUUAACUUCCUAAAGAAUCCCAAGCAGUACCAGGACCUUGGGGCCAAAAUCCCUAAGGGUGCCAUUCUGACCGGACCUCCCGGUACCGGGAAGACCCUGUUAGCGAAAGCAACUGCAGGCGAAGCAAACGUCCCUUUUAUCACCGUUAAUGGCUCUGAAUUCCUAGAGAUGUUUGUGGGUGUCGGUCCAGCUAGGGUUCGAGACCUUUUCGUUCUGGCACGGAAGAACGCUCCCUGCAUCCUCUUCAUAGACGAAAUCGACGCGGUGGGGAGGAAAAGAGGCAGGGGCAGUUUCGGAGGGCAGAGCGAGCAGGAGAACACACUCAACCAGCUUCUCGUGGAGAUGGACGGUUUUAACACUGCAACCAACGUUGUGGUUCUGGCUGGUACCAACAGACCAGACAUCCUGGAUCCAGCGCUGAUGAGACCUGGCCGCUUUGACAGGCAGAUUUAUAUCGGUCCUCCAGAUAUCAAAGGCAGAGCUUCGAUAUUUAAAGUCCAUCUGAGACCGCUGAAGCUGAACGCAGAAAUAAACAAGGACAAUCUAGCGAGGAAGAUGGCUGCCCUUACACCUGGUUUCUCAGGUGCUGAUAUUGCUAACGUGUGUAACGAGGCGGCGUUGAUCGCAGCUCGCCACCUCUCUGACGACAUCACAGAGAAACAUUUUGAGCAGGCUAUCGAGCGUGUGAUCGGAGGCUUAGAAAAGAAGACACAGGUGUUACAGCCUGAGGAGAAAAAGACCGUAGCAUACCACGAGGCAGGACACGCCGUAGCUGGGUGGUACCUGGAGCAUGCAGACCCUCUGUUAAAGGUGUCCAUUAUCCCACGAGGUAAAGGUUUGGGCUACGCUCAGUACCUCCCAAAAGAGCAGUACCUCUACACCAAGGAGCAGCUGUUGGACCGGAUGUGUAUGAUGCUCGGGGGCCGAAUCGCUGAGGACAUAUUCUUCGGUCGCAUCACCACUGGAGCACAGGACGACCUGAGGAAGGUGACGCAGAGCGCGUACGCACAGAUAGUGCAGUUUGGGAUGAGUGAGAAGGUGGGUCAGGUGUCGUUCGACCUUCCUCGGCAGGGAGAUCUGGUUCUGGAUAAGCCGUACAGUGAGGCGACGGCACGUCUGAUCGAUUCUGAGGUGCGGGAUCUCAUUAAUAGCGCCUACGAGCGCACAAAGGUGCUGCUAACAGAGAAGAAGGCUGAUGUGGAGAAGGUGGCGCUGCGACUUCUGGAUAAGGAGGUGUUGAAUAAGAACGACAUGGUGGAACUCCUGGGUCAGCGGCCGUUCGUUGAGAAGUCAACGUACGAGGCAUUUGUGGAGGGCACAGGAGGACUGGACGAGGACACGUCGCUCCCUGAGGGACUGAAGGACUGGAAUAAAGAACGAGGGAGCGAGAAAGAGGAGAGUACAGAGGAGCAGGUGGCACGUAACAUCGGAGGUGGCAUGCCGUUCUAAACGCAAUCCACCACCAGAGGGGUGACAUUUACAGAAGUGAGCAAGAAGGAAAUAUAAUGAGGUCCGUUUGAGUUUGGGUCGGAUCGGGGCUGGUCAUGUGACUGUAUCUCAGGUUGGUGUGUGUGCUGCAUAGAUAGAGAUUAAAAAGGUGUUUGUUUGUUUUUUUUCUUUUUUGUGGGAUGUGGUAGCUCAGUGGUUAAGGUGUUGGACCACUGAUCAGAAGGUCAUGAGUUCAAAACCCAGGUCCACCAAGCUGCCACCUCUGGGCCCCUGAGCAAGACCCUUAACCCUCAUUUGCUCAGUUGUAUAAAUUGAAAUAAAAAAAGUGUCACUCUGGAUAAGGGUGUCUGCUAAAUGGCAGAAAUGUAAUUGUUUUGUUUUUUUUAAAGGAGAGGGAAGUUGAUAGCUGUAGCUCAGUUGGAAUUCAAAGGUUUUGGCACGCAGCUAAUGAUCCAUAUUUAUGAAUUUUGCUUCACUGACCGAAAUGAGCAGAAGUAAUAUAUAGAAUAUGAUGAAAAUGUAUAUAAAGGAUGAAUAAAAAACAUGUGGAAUUAAAUAGAAAUAUCUCUACUCAUAGUUGCUUCUGUGAAGAUCAAAUACCACACAGUGCAUCGCUCGUGUUCACUUUGUAAAAUCAGAUCGCUAGAAAAGCAAGAAAGCAAUUGUGAUUUCACUCGAUAUGAAAAGAAGUUAAAAGAAAGCAUGAUCUCAUCUUAACACUGUUGUCAAGCACCUGGUUACCGCAUUCUCAGACUGACUCUGUACAUAAAGCAUAAAGACUUUCACAGAAUGCUUUCAUGAGUCUUUUGUUUAAAAGUAUUUGCAAAUUAAGCCCAAAGGUUGUAUAAUGAGUUCAUUAAUGUAGUCUGAAGUAAAUGGAUCUUUUUUUUU